AUGUCGGCCUUUAGGUCCACGACGACGAUGACGGCGACGACGACGACGACGACGACGACGAUGAAAAGCGUACCCGGUGCCGUACGGAGCAAGACUCGCCCUACAUUCCAACCGACACGAACUAUGACCCAAAUCGAACAAGACCAGCUGUCAGGUCAUGGAAGCACUUUGUCCCAAUCCCGAUCAAGGAGGACUACAGCCCACGACGGAGAUCUCGAGAGUAGUACGGACGAGGAGGAGCCUGAUCUGCAACGGGGCACAUCAUCUACCCCCUCCGUUUCACGAACGACCCAACUAGGGUAUUUGACUCCACCACCGCCGAAUGGAACUCGAUCGUCCCCCCUUUCAACGAUGCCCCGACCUCGGCCCAGAAUGGGGACACCACCCGAGGAGGAAUUUGAUUCUGGCGAUAGUUCCGACGAUCCUGAUUUCGGCAGGGAGAUGAGGGAACAAGCGCAGAGGGAGAAGGAACUGGCUGAAAAGGCGCAGAAGGCGCAGAAGGCUUUGGAGGUGAGGCAGUGGAAUAAAGAGGAGAAGCUUAGGGCUAAAAAGGAAGGGAGGAGGCCGAGGUUGAGGGAGAUGCCCAAGCCGGUAAAGAAGAAGAUCCGGCGGAAGGGGAAGGAAGAAGAGGUGAUCGAUGAUGAAGAGACGCAUCGGAGAAAGGUCAGGAACGGGAAACGAAAAGCGAUCGAGCAGGAGGACGAACCGUGCUCGGCGGAAGAUGGGGAGGACGACGACGAUCCUCGCUCUCGGACCAAGUCAACCCGACCGACGUUCGACCCCGACGCCAAAGCCAGAGAGGUCCAAAAGAACUGGAGCAACCGAAUUAUCGAAGGCAAAAAGGCCAAAGAGGCGCGCAUCAGAGCGGGAAUGGACAUCACCCAGGCCGAGAUUCGGGAACAUUGUAGUCGCAAGUGGGUGAGCCGGGAAAAUCCGGAUCAGAUGACGAGAAAGAGGUACGAGAUGGAGAAAAGAUACAAUCCACUUUUUGUCAUGCUCGGUUAGUUACCAUCUUCAAAGGUGUCUUUUUGUUUCAGAUGACUGAAUUUUUUCUACGAGAUAGAUAUCGCCCCCAUCAUCGUCGCCGACAAGGAUAUGGUCGAGAACGACAGCUGGGACGACGACGACGAAGACGGCGAGAACGCCGAGGACCGCGUCGCUCGCAAGAUCCUAGCCGAACAUCAUGCCGUCGAGAUGGACUCGGAUUCGGACGAUGGGAGAUCACGCAGGAGGGGUGAACGACCUGAAGGCGUUGUCAGACGACCUCGAAGGACGGACGCGGAGCGCGCGACCCCUCCGGUGAUGGAGACGAUUCAGCUUUCGAGUGAUGAGGAGCCCGACACCGAGGACGAUUCAAUGUGUAUUGACCAAGCUCGCAAUACCGAGCCCAAGACACUUAACCUGAAAGCUUUUGGGGGCAUCAAAUCUGACCCGGGCUCGGAACCAGUGACUGAGAAUGACUCGGACUCGGAGCCAGAAACCGAAGACGAUGAUGAUGUGCCUAUCCCGAGGUCCCCAGCUCGAGUACUCAAGACUGAAGACGAGGAGGAAGAGGAGGAAGAGGUCGACGCUUUCACGGCCAAGUUCCUCGAACAACAGAAGCGCAAUGAGCUCGAGAAGAAGCAAGCUUGGGUGGCGGCGCGACUCGAAGCCGUCACGAGCUCCCAGUCGACCAAAACCGAAUCCCAGACGUCGAAUCAUGCUGCUCCCGAGGAUUCGCCCAAACGUGCGGAGGUCAAUGCAAUUCUUGAGGCAGAGGAAGAAGAGGCAGAGAUUGGCGAGAUGUCGUUACUCGAAAGUCAAAGGAUCAUCAAGGACCGUCGACUUGCCGCCGAAACCAUGUCGCAGUCGACGAUGCAGGAGAAACGCAUCGUCAAAGGCUGUCGACCACGCUUCAAUGCGUCGCCGCAACAGCUCGAGAUUGGCGAUCACAUUCUCUCCCCACGCCAUAGAAUCCCGGCACCCAUCAACCGUUUCCUCCGCCAUUACCAGCGAGAAGGAAUCGAGUUCCUAUACAAGCAAUACUCGGCUGGGAUGGGAGGGAUCCUUGGUGACGACAUGGGUCUAGGCAAGACGAUCCAAGUCAUUGGUUUCCUCAGCGCCGUGAUGGGUAAAUCAGGAACGAAGAAACUCGAUGCCGAAGCAAGGAAGCGCAAAGUCAACGAAUGGGACGGUGUAGACCCACCCCAACCGAGCGAUUUGGGCCCGACGGCGCUGAUUAUUUGUCCGGCGAGCGUGACGGAGAAUUGGUAUCGCGAGAUCAAGACGUGGAGCUAUCUGAAGGUUGGGAUCAUAGGACAGGGAAAGAAGAGGACGGAUGACUUGUUGACGAUGUUUAGGUCCGGGCAUCUGGAUGUUUGUGAGUCCGGUUGUGUGCUGUUGAGGUGGGCACAAUUCACCAGAUGCUGAUCGUGCCCUUCGUUCGGGUAGUGAUUAGUGGGUAUGAGCAUGUCAAGAGACAGAUCGACGUCUAUCGGGCCCUCGACUUUUCCGUGAGUCCAUUUCCAAGCCUCCAGCUGAGCGAGGUGUUCCUGACCUAGGCAACUUUUUGAAUUCGAUACAGAUCAUCAUUGCGGAUGAAGUGCAUCGCGCCAAAUCUCGCUCAGCGGAUACGACGGCCAGUCUACACGCCUUCCCCACCAAGCUCCGUUAUGGUCUGACGGGGACGGCGGUGCAGAAUCGGCUUGGCGAGUUCCACACCAUCCUUGAUUGGGCUUGUCCAGGCAAGUUGGGGACGUGGCAGCAGUGGUGAGUUGAUCCUGAUACAGUGGCGAAGCGAGCUGUCGUUCCGGGUAUGCUGCUGAACUUGAAUAAACACUUCUUUUCUGUAUGCAGGCGAGACCUCGUCGAGAAACCCCUCAAGUUCGCUCAAUCGUCCGAAGCCGACCAGACAACGCUUGGCCGAGGUCGUAUCCGGGCCUGGGCCCUCGUCACUGGUGUGCUGCCGCACUUCUUCCUCCGGCGUACGAAGCACCAACCGUCGGUCAAGUUGCAACUGCCGAAAAAGACCGACAACCUCGUCCUUUGCCCUCUGACGCCUCUACAACGCCAAGCGUACCAGAACAUCACCGCUACGGACGAGGUGCAAAUGAUCCUCACCGCCGAUCAACCUUGUCCCUGCGGUCGAACGGACUCGCAAGGUCUUCACCUGAAACGAGGUAAUUGCUGCAACCAAGAUUGGAGCGAACAUAUCUUCCGCUACAUGCACGCGUUCGGCAAGGUUUCGAAUCACCUCGCGUUGAUCUACCCGAACAAGGACGAUUCGCAAAAGAAUCCGACCAAGUACGAAUUGGAUGUCAGGAUCCUCAAGGCUGCUUUUCCGGAAGAUUGGAAGGGGAGGUCGUUGGGCCCUGGAACGGCGUUGGAUGAGAGCCUUUGUGGGAAAUGGAAGGUGGGUGUUUUGCGUCGUGUAGGUUCAUGCUUUGAAGCGCUUUUGCUGAGACUCGUAGAUGAACCCCCCACUGAUAGGUACUCGAGGAGCUACUGGACGUGUGGUACGAAGCGCGGGACAAAGUUUUGAUCUUUUCAAAUUCAUUGAGGGGUGCGUGGAGACAGCGUUUUCCGGCCAAGUAUCCGUUUUCCGACGUUCGAAAUGGAGGCUGAACUGAAAGGUUGGCUCGCACAGUGCUCAAACUCCUGGAGGACCUUUUUCAGUUCUCCAAGUUCCCUUCCCUAACGCUUACGGGGGAGACGAAGCAAGAGGAGCGUGAGCCGAACCUAAUACAGUACUCUAACUUAAAACAUUUGGAACUGACUGAAUUCCUGUCCUCUCUCGUUCGAAAACCAGGCAUGGCCCGCGUCGACCAAUUCAACGACCCCAACGGCGAAGCGUUCUGCUUCCUCAUCUCGACCAAAGCCGGUGGCGUCGGCUUGAACCUCACCGCGGCGAACAAGGUCGUCAUCUUUGAUCCCAACUUCAACCCAUCGCACGACUUGCAAGCCAUGGAUCGAUCGUACAGGUUCGGGCAAACGAGGGAGGUGAAUGUUUAUCGGUUGAUCGGGGCGGGGACGUGAGUACCCUUUUUUUUCGCUACGGUGAUUCGAAUCGUCGAGAUCGACUGACUCAUGAUCUUUUCUCGCGUCCAAUCCUGCAGGAUCGAAGAGAUUAUGAUCAACCGUCAACAAAUGAAACGCGGACUCGCGAACGUCGCCUACGACGCAGCGCCUCAACCCCGUCUCUACACGGGAAUCGAGGGUAGUAAAGCCCACGAGGGGGAGUUGUUCGGCGUGAGGAAUUUGUUGACGCUUAAGACUUCGUCGUUGACGCAUCGGGUCGUCGAGAAUGCGGCGAUGGAAGAUGCGAAUUUCGCCAAGGAGGAGGCGGAGGAGGAGACGGAGGGGAAGGGGGAGGAGGCGGAGGUGAGUUGUGAGGUUGGAGCCGAGAGAUGUUGGGAUGGUGGCUGAUGUUGUUUGCUUUUGAUUGGUUCAGCCAUGGCAAGGUGCGGACGAAGUGGUCAAUGAAAUCAUGAGCAAAACGACUGGUGAAGGUGAGUUCCCACCCUUUCAAGGCUUGCCACGUUAUGCCCAAGCCAACAGCUAAUUUCUCCUCCGGUUCGGAUCUCCAAAGGUCCCAAAUCCAAGGCCAAAACUGAAGCCGAGCUCGAAAUCGACCGGAUCCUCUCGGGUCUAACCACCGUCAACGCCGACAGCACGCUCGUACCUUCCAAACUCGAAGCUCAGAGAGGAGCGAAAGCGAUGGCAGUGAGCACGAGCGAAUCCUCGUCUCGUCGCACUUGGGUUACGAGUGAAGAGUUGACCAGUGACGCGUGAUUUGUUGUUCACAGAAAGAGAUUGAGGAGAGGGAUCGAGCCGCGGCGCAGAAUCGCAGAGCGGGGAAAAGGUCGCUUGGUGCUGAGGUGGUGGCUUUCGAUGAUACGGGGAGGAGUGGGUUGUCGAUGGCGAGAGGGCCGCCUCCCAAGGCGUUCGAUCCGUUCGCUAGGGCGAAAAAGAAGAAGACUUGA